AAGUGUGUGUGUGUGUGUGUGUGUGUGUGUGUGUGUGUGUGUAGCAGACACAGGCUUAACACCAGCAGCUGCUUUCUGAUCCACACGGUGUGUAUGUAUGUAUAUAUACCGGAGUGGUGAGGAUGAGGUCGGCUCUCCUCCUCCUUCUCCUUCUCUCCUCACUCUGCUCCCUCCUCCUGCUCUCCCACAUCCCGAUCAUCUCGGCAUGUAACAAAGCUCUGUGUGCCAGCGACGUGAGCAAGUGCCUGCUACAGAGCCUGUGUCAGUGUCGACCAUCGGAAGGAAACUGUUCCUGCUGUAAAGAGUGUAUGCUGUGUUUGAGCACACUAUGGGAAGAGUGCUGUGACUGUGUGGGCAUGUGUAACCCGAGGAACUACAGCGAGACCCCGCCCACUUCCAAAAGCACAGUGGAGGACCUCCAUGCGCCGAUCCCGUCGCUCUUCAGGGCCCUCACUGAUGGAGACACUCCUAUCAACAUGAUGGUGGUGUCGUUCCCCGUGGCUGAGGAGCUCUCGCACCACGAGAACCUCGUGUCCUUCCUGGAGUCUCUGGAGCAAGAGCAUCAAAAUGUCUCGCUGCCUGGGACAAGCAUCCACGACACCUAUGAUAAAGAUAACCUGUGCACGGUGGUGUAUUUUGACGAGUGCUUGUCUAUACGUCAGUGUAAGCAGUACUGUGAGUCGAUGGGAGCGUCAAAGUACCGCUGGUUCCACAACGCGUGCUGUGAGUGCAUCGGGCCUGAGUGUGUGGAUUACGGUAGCAAAGCGGUCAAAUGCAUGAACUGUCUCUUCUGAGAGCGCUCACACACACACACACACACACACACACACUCUCACAUGGGAUUGUGUUUCAGUAUCUUAUGGUUAUUCCAUCUUUUAUUGCUGAUGAUGUGUAAUAUGAUUUUAGUUUUCUUUGCAAAAAAAUGGGUACAGUCCAUCUUUCCUGACAUUAUUAAUAUUAAUUGUUGAUGAUCUCAGCACAAAUGAUUGUGUGCUUAACCCUUUCCUGUCUGUGCAGUCUGUAUCAUUGUUAGGCACUAGAUGGCACUCUCUUACAAAAAAGCUUCCUGUCUGAUCACAUAGCGAAGAGAAAGUGUAUAUACCAUUAACCAUUAAUGCAGAAGAAGCAGUGCUUUGAAAUCAUAUAUAAGUAUUAUUAUUUAUAUACAGUAUGAAACCUUUGUUCAAAGAAACCUAUUGCACAAGAAGUCUAUACCACGUACAGUAUAUCUACAGGUAAUGCGUUACAUUAUGGUUCCCUUAACUGGCAUUAUUUAACACAUUAGUUAACAUGAACAAACCAUGAACUUCAGCAUUAAUGCACCAUAAUUAACAUUAACAAAUUAACUAACACAUAUUAAUUGAUUGAUGAAUAAGAAACCAAAUAAGCCAAAAUAUUAACCAACGUUCAUACCAUCAUGAAUAAAAUUAAGCUCACAAUGAGCAAUAUGAACACCUUAAUGAACAGACCUGACACUGAAUACAUACAUAUAUAUAUACACACACACACACACAUACACACACACAGCUAGAGACCAGAGUGUACAAAGUUCUCAUUUUAGUAAAUACACUGAAACCUAAUUUCUACAUGGAUUUAUUUUUAUUCGUGGAUUGACAAGCUUAAGCCUGGUGUAUUUCAUUAACAUUUAAACAAACAUCAGUUAGACUAAUAUGUGUGUUUAUACCACAAUUCUCAAAUCUGAUUGGUCAGAAAGUGUUGAUUACUUUCUAUAAUAGCAGCUUUGGUAAUAGUUCCAGCUGCAAGACAAAUCACAAGUUUCUAUUAAUUCUAUUAAUGCGUUUUUGUUUCUAUAGUAACAACUCGUUCACAGGGACGUGUAUAGCAAAUGCUCCGCAUAUGCCAGCUUUUAAAAAAUGUGUUGUUAUUUCUCAAAGCAAAAUGACUGCCAUGGUGAAGCUUUCUGUGAGGAGAACAUUAAUGGAAGGAGUCUCCAGUGCCAGCGCUUUGUAACUGUCAGUGAGUUGUUCACCACAGGAAAGUCUUCAGAUUAUUUUGCACUUUUUUUGACUUAUUGAAACAUUAAAUGUAAGCAUUAAUGGAUAAACAUACAGCAUGUCUUUCAUUAAUGAAUUAAAAAAUGUAAACUUGGAUGUGCUGUUAUUGGAAAACACACACUUGUCCUUGAUGAUUUUCCUAAACCAGCAUGCCAUGAUGUGUUUUAUUCCUAUUUACUUUCUAAACAUUCCUUAUGGUUUAUUAAUGCUGAAUUUCAUCAUUUCUUAAUGCAGUAAAUAUGUUAAUAAACAGAAACCUUAAUGGAAAGAGUUGCCAAUGUAUUCUUUUUUCGAAGAUAUGUUUGAUAAUGAAAACAUUCAGGCAAUAUUUACAUUCAGUUGACUGAUUUAGCAAAAAUAAACUGGUAGAUUUUUGAAUUUGACAAAAAUAGCAUUCGCUUCAGUAACAUCACCAAUAAACCAUGCACCAUUCUCA